GACUCAUCACGAUCUUUCAAAGCAGGACUCGACAGGAUCACUGCUUGGAUGAUGUUCCGGCCUCUUUGAAAAGGCGCAAACGCAUGACGGAGAGCGCCCCAGUGCAUGCUGUUCAUCAACCGACCCAAAGUAAAACCAAGCUCAAACGUAUGCUUGAGAAGGAGAUUCCCUACAACGAUAUUCCCCCUCAAGAUAAGCAUCUUUACGAGGAGGCCGAGCAGAAAGAGUGGAAAUCAUGGCUUCACUAUGACAGUUGUGAAAUCUUAAGUCCCGAAGAUAGCAAAGCGAUCGAAGAAAAUCUCCCCGAUCGCACACUGCCUAGUCGCUAUGUUUUCCGCAACAAGAAUGCUGGGCUUCUUGAUGAAAGCGGGAAUCCACUCCCAGUCAAGGCGAAGGGUGCUCCUUUGACAGGCAAGCCUGACAUGUACAUGAGACAACCCAAACAAGGACUAAGAGGAUUGAAACCAGGGCAAUUGCUGAAGCUUUUGAAACCUGUGUACGGUAGACCUGACGCUCCUAGGGCUUGGUACAAUGAGUUGGCGAGGAUCCUUGAGCAGGAAUUGGGCUUCAGCAAGUGUCGGACUGAUCCAGCGAUGUUUGUUCUUCGAGACGAGGAUAGCCGUCUCCGGGGACUGAUGAUCGUUCACGUCGAUGAUGUCAUGUAUUGUCAUGACGGUGGUGAGCUGGGUAAGCGAGUCGAGGAGAGCUUGACCAAGCGCUUCCCUUUCGGUACUUGGUUGCAGGUCCGCGAACAACAAGGCGGGGUUACCUACUGUGGGAAAGAGGUUAAGGUCAUGACCAAGGACAGCGAGACAUGUGUCACGCUUGCCCAGAAUGCUUUCAUCGACGGUCGUUUGCAGCCCAUGAGGAUUGAGUCCUCAAGGGCAAAGCAGUUGGAUGCCAGAGCUAAUCAAGAGGAGCUCACAGACUAUCGGUCGAUCGUUGGAAGUCUUCAGUGGCUUGCGGUUCAAUCUAGGCCCGACAUUGCUUUUGAGUGCAAUCAACUGCAGAAGAGGGUUUCGGAUCUUCGCGUCGCUGACUUGCUGAGAGCUAACAGAGCGGUUCGAGAGGUAGUUAGGAAUCGAAUGGAGAUCCUUUUCAGACCACUUGGGCCAGAUGCUCAGCUCGUCACGUAUCACGAUGCGGGGCUUUACAGCAGUGUAGGGGCCGAGAUCGAUGAGAAGCAGUGUGAUGACAUUCUGCAAAGCACUCUUGAUAAGAAACUCGUCUACUCUCAGAAAGGUGCCGUUGUCGGUUUCGUCAAGAGGGGAGAGUUGGAGCAAGAGGGUCGAGUCCAUAUCAAUGUCAUCGACUGGAGGAGUGCCACGAAUCGUCGAAUUGUUGAGUCAUCCUUCGCCGCGGAAACCCAUGCGGCAAUCAUGGGACACAACAUGUCGAGGUUCGCUCAAGUGUUGGUGUCUGAA